GUUACACCGUUAAUGGAUUAGAGCUGCGGUGUCUGGGUCGCUCUUUUGUUUACAUCAGUUUUCCAUUUAUUCUCAAACUCUCAGAGUCCGUCGGACCUCCAGUAAAACAUGUGUGAAUAUGUGAUGGGAUUCAUGUGACCUGUGGAAGCAAAAGAGAAAGUCAAAUAAGGGCAAGUUUGGAGUGAAAACAUGUUCACCGCCACCCAAACGUCCAAAACCCAGUUCCUGGAUAAAGCCAGGGAAGCACGGGAGGAAAGGAAAGGUCAUAAGGAAAAAGAAAGAGCUGCCACGCAAAUCCAGGCUCUGGUCAGAAGAUUUCUCUGCCGCUGCAGGCUGCAAAAAGAAAUCAGGAAAGAGGUCGAUGACUUCAUUGCAGUGAGCGAUGCCGGUCCUACAAAAAGAAAUGCAUUAUCCAUCUUUAAAAUUGCUAGAAAGUUGUUAUUUAUAUUGAGCAAGGAUGAUAAGUUGAGGUUUGAGAAGUUGUGCAGAAUCAUACUAAGUAGCAUGGAUGUUGAGAAUGAACCUAAAGUGUGGUAUGUGUCUCUGGCCCUUUCAAAAGAACUCACCAUCCUCUGGCUGAAACAGAUCAAAGACAUUCUCUGGGUCUCAUGUGAAUUUCUGAAAAAACUGAAGCCUGACAUACUGCAAGAUAACAAAUUGGUGACGCUGUACUUGACAAUGUUGAUUACCUUCACUGACACAUCAACAUGGAAAAUCAUCCGAGGAAAGGGAGAGGCCCUUAAGCCAGCUUUAAACAGGAUUUGUGAGAACAUCAUGGGACAUCUAAAUCAAAAGGGUUUCUACUCUGUUCUUCAGAUUCUACUCACAAAUGGAUUGGCAAGAUCCAGACCUUCUCUUUCCAAAGGAACCCUCACGGCCAUUUUUACGCUGUCACUCAGGCCUGUUAUCGCUGCACAUUUCUCUGACAACCUGCUGAGGUCUUUCCUCCUGCACGUCAUGUCUGUUCCAGCGUUCAUCUCACACCUCAACACGCUCACUCCAGAUUGCAUGAUCACCAUCCAGACCCAUGAUCUUUUUCGGAAGUUUGUCUUGUUUUUAAGCCGAGAGGAGCAGUGUUUGGAUAUCUGUGUCUGUCUGGAGGGAAGCCACACUCUGUGCUUGCUGGGAAACCUCAUUCAGCUCGGAUACUUUAAUGUGAAAGUUCUAGAACAGGAAGCAGGUCACUUUGUCAAGGAUCUUACAGAUAUGUUGUCAUACUGUCAAAGAUAUGUGUCUCAGAAGAAAUCCAAUCUCACACAUUGGCACCCAGUGUUGGGCUGGUUCUCCCAGACUGUUGAUUAUGGGCUAAAUGAAUCUAUGCCAUUGGUAACAAAGCAGCUGCAGUGUCUGUGGGGAGUUCCAGUCAUCUGCACUCUGUUCUGUGAUGUUCUCAGCAAAAAACUGGAAACUCAAGACCCCACACCCCCACCAGCUCCUCAACCAAGCUCAUUGCAGAAUAACCUGCCCGUCAAAAAUCUGUUCAAGCGAGCGUUCCAGAAGUCUGCGUCUGUGCGGAACAUCCUGAAGCCAGUAGGGGGGAAGCGUGUGGACUCUGCUGAGGUGCAGAAGGUGUGCAGUAUCUGUGUGCUGUAUCAGACGGCCCUCACCACACUCACACAGAUCCGCCUGCAGAUUCUCACAGGACUGACAUAUCUGGAUGAAUUGCUGCCUAAGCUGUGGGCAUUUAUCUGUGAGCUCGGCCCUCAGGGGGGACUCCGACUCUUCCUGGAGUGUCUCAAUAAUGACACGGAGGAAUCCAAACAGCUCCUGGCCAUGCUGAUGCUCUUCUGUGACUGCUCCAGACACCUCAUCACUAUUCUGGAUGACAUCGAGGUGUACGAGGAACAGAUUUCUUUCAAAAUGGAAGAGCUUGUCACUAUCUCCUCAUUCCUCAACUCAUUUGUGUAUAAGAUGGUCUGGGAUGGUAUUUUAGAGAAUGCCAAAGGGGAGAAGUUGGACUUAUUCCACAGUGUUCACGGCUGGCUGAUGGUUUUGUACGAGAGGGACUGUCGCAGGAGAUUCACGCCUGAAGAUCACUGGCUCCGCAAGGACCUGAAGCCCAGUCUAUUGUUCCAAGAGCUGGAGAAAGGCAAAAAGAGAGCGCAGCUGCUGCUUCAGUACAUUCCUCAUGUCAUCCCACAUAAAAAUAGAGUGCUGCUGUUCAGGAACAUAGUGACAAAAGAGAAGGAGAGUCUAGGAUUGGUGGAAACAAGCUCCGCCUCUCCUCAUGUGACCCAUAUAACGAUUCGUCGUUCACGUAUGUUAGAGGAUGGUUAUGAUCAGCUGCGGCGUCUACCUGUCAACUCCAUUAAGGGAGUGAUCCGUGUCAAGUUUGUCAAUGAUUUAGGAGUGGAUGAGGCUGGAAUUGACCAGGAUGGUGUAUUUAAAGAAUUCUUAGAGGAGAUCAUCAAAAAGGUUUUCAACCCAGCGCUCAAUCUGUUCAAGACCACCAGUGGGAAUGAGAGAUUAUACCCCUCCCCGACCUCCAGCAUCCAUGAGAACCACCUUCAGCUGUUUGAAUUUGUGGGGAAGAUGCUGGGAAAGGCCAUGUAUGAAGGCAUCGUGGUGGACGUGCCAUUUGCAUCGUUUUUCCUCAGUCAGGUUCUGGGUCACCAUCACAGCACCUUCUAUAGCUCCAUAGAUGAGCUGCCCUCGCUCGACUCAGAGUUUUACAAAAACCUCACCUCCAUUAAGCGUUAUGAUGGGGAUGUCAGUGACCUUGGUCUCACUUUAUCUUAUGAUGAAGAGGUUAUGGGGCAGCUAGUCUGUCAUGAGCUCAUUCCUGGUGGAAAGACUAUGCCUGUCACUAAUGAAAACAAGAUCAGCUAUAUCCACCUGAUGGCCCAUUUCCGCAUGCACACUCAGAUCAAGGAGCAGACGGCUGCAUUCAUCAGGGGCUUUCGCAGCAUCAUCAACCCAGAGUGGCUGCACAUGUUUUCUACCCCGGAGGUCCAGAGGCUCAUCUCGGGAGACAACGCUGAGAUAGAUCUGGAUGAUCUUAAAAAGCACACUGUGUACUAUGGAGGUUUCCAUAGCAGCCACAGAGUCAUUCUUUGGCUGUGGGACAUCCUCUCUAGUGACUUCACCCCUGAUGAGAGAGCCAUGUUCCUGAAGUUUGUCACCAGCUGCUCAAGACCUCCUCUCCUCGGUUUUGCCUACCUCAAACCUCCUUUUUCCAUCCGUUGUGUGGAAGUGUCCGAUGAUCAGGACACAGGCGACACUUUAGGUAGCGUUCUGCGGGGCUUCUUCACCAUACGUAAGAAAGAGCCUGGCGGUCGUCUCCCAACAUCCUCCACUUGUUUCAACCUUCUCAAGCUGCCCAACUACAGCAAGAAGAGCAUCCUCAGAGACAAACUCCGCUACGCCAUCAGCAUGAACACUGGCUUUGAGCUGUCAUAACCCACAAAGCACACCAUACAUCUACAGACAUCAGCGAGACAGCCGAUGGCCACACAGAGAAUGAAGCAGGAGACAUUUCAUGAACAUGGUGUUGCUUCCUCUGCGUUGUGGCCUUCAGUUGAAGCUCCUCGAGGAGAAAUAUUCCAUCAGUGUGUAUCGUCUUGUCCGCACAAUGGCAAGCGAAUUAACUAACUUCUCAAAAUAACGAAACAGAGUUGAACAGAUCUAGUCAGACUUUUUGAAAGAAGAGUAGUAUUUAGUGGCGUCAUGUUCUUCAUUUUCAGCAUUUGAAGCCAAAAGAGCUCCAAAGGCCUUACGCAAUCAGUUUCAAACCAGCUCAACGUUGUCAAGUCAGGAUCUGUCUACUUCACUUGAUGAUCAGAGGCAGGCAAACUCCAUUCAAAAUACUCCAAACCUAAAUCAACCUCGGUCUUUAUUGGCUUCUAAGCACUGUGUCUGUUCAUCAGCGAACACUCCUCAACCUCCUCUUAAAGCUACAGCGUCCGCAUCGACGGAUGCACUAAUGUAGGAUCUGCAGAAACAGUUUGGCGUCGUCUCUCAGGUCUCUUGUGUCUCAAUCCCCCAGGAAGGGAACAGGAAAGCAAUAUUAAUGCAAUGCAAGCCAUGCAACUCAAGACACAAAGAAGGCGUUUGCCUGUUUCGAUGGCAAAUCCUUUCAAAUCCCUAAGGCACUACAUGUCUGCUGAACCUGAGGACCGAAUUGAGAGGAAACCCAGCUCUGUUGAUCGACUUCAGCCAAGCAAAGUUAGCAGUAUGUCAAAUGAGAUGUUCCUUGCACCUCUCCGUUCCUGCUUUCUCAUCGUAUAAACACUACAGGGUGCACCCAGAAUGCAUCACCGGCCUAAUAUCAUUUAGUUUUGCUCAUUGUGUUUUAUUUGUUAUACUUCUGAUGCUUUUCAGCUCUCCAAACUAACGUAGACACUGAAAUAACCCAUUUCUUUACGAUUAAAAAAACAGAUUAACCACUAAAAAGAUGUUUACUUCAACCUGGAGUUAACCGAUCAAACUGCUCACUUUGUCAUCAUCCACUAACUAAUUAUUAUGGUGUAUACUACUGGAAUUAAGCCAUACAGUGAAGACGACUAGCUUGUAGGCAUUAACUUUUGUUUUUCUUUAUGGAGUUGGUGACUGGUGAAAGGUCAUUGGGUUGUUUUAAAGUAGGCAAAAAACAAAAUCUCCUUCACAUGAUGUCACUGGAUGAUUGAAAUGACUUUCUGAGUGCGUCACACAGGUCAGUCUGCUGUUGUUUUGUCAUUUAAAAAAAAGACUACGGUCAGACUUUCACACACCAAGUCUAAGGCUUUCGGAAAUAUGUUUUGCAAAAGAAAGCAGAGUCUGUUUUCAGGUCAAAUAAAAUGUCAAUUAAAAAAACAAACAAGAAAAUUUGGUAACACUUUAUAAUAAAUACACACUAAGCAUUAACUCUACAUUGGUAGACGUUAGUAAGCAGUUUAUAUAUACAGCUACACAUGCUCUAUUCACAUGCUCUAUAAUGUGCUUAAUGAUUGUACUUUUGUACUCUGUCAAUGAUUAUUUUUUCACAUAAAUGCUUUAUUUACUCAAAUUCAUCCAAUUUUGUGACCUCAUCUAAAGUGAGGGCUAUUUAUGCUUUAUAAAUCCCUUAUAAAUGACAAUUAAAGGCUCAGUUCUAUUCUAAACACACACACACACACACACACACACACACACACACACACACACACACACACACACGUAUGUAUGUGUGUGUGUGUAUGUGUAUAUAUGUAUAUGUGUAUAUAUGUAUAUGUGUGUGUGUGUGUGUGUGUCAAGAAUACAGCAUUUGUAAUGGCUGUUAUAAACUGCUUACUAACGUUUAUUAAUGUAGAGUUAAUGCUUAACAGAUAAUGAUCUCACUAUAUGCUAAUGCUUAAUAAAUGAUUCAUAGUGUGUAGUUAUAAAGUGUUACCAAAAUGUUUUAUUUGUGAUUAUUUUACUAAAUCAAAAUAUUAAAUAUAGUUAAAUGUGAAUUAUUAUUAUUUAUAUUACGUUUGAAAUUAUAAUUUGGUUCAGUAUAUUAGUAGUGUUUGUUGUACUAAAUAUAGUUAAACAACUAUAAAUAAACCCAUACUCCAAUGAUGUAGUGUUUUUUAAAGGGAUAGUUCACACAAACAUGAAAAUGUACUCCCUAUUUACUCAUCUUCAAGUGUUUCCAACCCUUUAUGCAUUUCUUUUUUUCUGUGUAAGACAAAAGACGAUGUUUUGAAGAAAGCUGAAAACCGGUAACCAUUAACACCCAUAAAAGCAAAAGCAAAUACUAUGGAAGUCAAUGGUUACAGGUUUUUAUCUUUCAUUAUAUUAUCUUCUAACAGAAUAAAUUGAAACGAAUAAAGGGUUAAAACAAGUCAGUUAACUAUGGCAGAACUUGAAUUACUCUUUAAUUGAUUUAUUUAGUUGUAAUUUUCCAUAUGUUAUUUUGGCAUAUACAUCUUGUAUUUGUUUUGCAUAUUAAUCCUAAACCAGACUUUGUUUUUCUAUUGCAAAACAUAAUUUCGUAUCAUUGAUUUUUUUUUUUCCUUUAGAGUGAAUUAUGGCGUGGUAAUUUUUUCCUCCGCUUCAGUUUCAGGUCUCUAAAAGGCCGUAAAUGGCUGUAGUUAUUCCACAAUAUUUAUUGUAUGCAAACAUUUAUCCCAUCGUAUGCAGUAUAUGCAAACUUAUAGUUAUACAUUAUCCGUCUGCCCCCUCUCUCUCUCAGUUCUCACAGCAUGGAAGUAUUUUAAGAUGCUUAGAAACCUUUGUAGAUGAAAUGGCUUUUUUUUCUGUAUGCAUUGCUGUUAAUGUUAAGUUAUAAACGUAUUGACCUAAUGCACAAGGGCUUAGGCUCUGUCCCAUAGCAGAGUUUGGUAUUUAAAUGAACUGACAUUAACAUGAUGUUCCCUUUGAAAGAUGUUCAAGUGCUCGUGGAUGAGAAACGUGUUUGACAUUAUGAUGUAAAUGCAAAAAUAUUAACGAAAAGAGACUUUAUGGACCGUACGGUGAAUCGAUUCACCGGGAUUUCUUGAUGUCACAGAAUCUUGCUCUCUUUCUCUCCGAUAGGGAUGCAGCAACCUUUAAAACUGUCUGGUCUCUAUUCAUUUUGCCUGAUGAAGAAGUGUCUUUUGAAUUUGGUUGCACUACAUGAACUGCAGGUUGUUCUAUACACAGUAUGUUACAAAAGCAAUGGCAUUGUAAAGUUAUUCACGUGUACAGUAAAAUUUCCUCUGUAAAAUGUCAACUUAAUUGUCGGUCAAUCAUGUUAAACAUUUGAAUAUCCAAAUCUAAAAACAUUACUAAACAACAGAAUGUUCACUGUCAUUUAUUAUUAUAUAUUAUUAGAUUUCUGUGGUUUAUUAAAAGGAG